AUGGUUUGCUUGUUUUGCUUAUUGCCCCUUUUCCUCGUUCCAAUCGUGAACGUAUUGCCUAUUCUUUUCUACUAUGUUAUGGGAAAAGUAUAUCGGCUUUUUGGAUGGGAGUUUAGGAAACCGGAGAUGGUCCCUCCAGCAUGUCCUUACAAGCCUGCAGCCAAAAUGGAGAGUAAAGUUGAAACAGAAGAUGUCCCGGCUGUAGCUCCUGUUAAAGCUGGAGGAGUAGAUGUCAAGCAGGACUAA